AUGGCAUUUCAACAGCCGCUACAGCAGCGGCGUCAGAUCCAGCGACCAGCAUCCAUCCCACACUCUCUGGCGAACGUCCCCGACGCCACACAUCACGGCCGUGUAGACGAGUCGCAAGAGUGGAUCCUCUUCUCACCACAACUCGAACACGAACCAUCCUGGACCUCUUACACAUCGCAAACCUCGCACAUUCAACCAGCACCUGCAUUCUCCGACUUUGCUUCUCUCGAGACUGGCGACCGUUCGGACCAAAGGGAGACCAACGACGAUGGGCAAGGCACCUGCCAGGGUACAGACGUUGACCAAGACGACGACGAAGAGUUGGACAGUCUAGACGACGGCCUACAUACCUUCCACCCAUCCUUCUCUCUUGACCAGAGUGGUGGUGCGGUGCUUCCCAACCAUGAUGGCUUGGGCUCCUUCCCCGCACUCUACCACAACAACGACAAUGUCCAAGAACAACUAUGGCAGUUUGAGAGAUAUAAUCCAUCGAACCGACGCCGAACCCAGCGAAGACGCAGCAGUGUACAACGCAAGUUUGACGCCCUAGAAGAACACGAGACGGACAAACAGGAUGAGAGACGACUACGUGUUGAGAAGUGGCGUUUGGAACAGAGUCGUGCCGUGCUGGACGAGAUCGAGAAGGAGACGCGCAGACGGAAAAGAAGGCUAUCAAUCGCUUCGCGUGCUGCUUUGACUGCCGCGCAAACUGCAGAUCCAGAGACCGAAUCAUUCUGGCAGCGAGUCACUCGUAGAGUCAUCAAGGAUCUGAUGGGCCUAGACGAUACCACUCUGUCCGUCAUAUUUGGCGAGGAACUCGCUCCAGAAGCCCAAACAACGCCGACUCAGCAGUCUCUCUUGACUGACGUCUUUUCUGCACAUCAAGACAGAGCGUGGGAGAACCGGCUUCUGAGCAGAAUUGCGAAGGAGCUUGGUAUACUUGCUAACCAACUCGCUGAAAACGAUCGACAAGAUCGCACGUUCAGUACCUACACGCCUUAUCAGGUCGACCAGUCUGCGCCAUCACAGCCACGGCAGAUCCCACCGUCAUCCACAACUGCUCACUCUGUGGACGCCUCUGACUCCAACUUUGCUCCUCUCUUCGCACCUACUUUCGUACAUCCUCCUGUCUCACCUGCUGCUGAGGCAGACACUUCCCUAUGGGGCAUCCCAGAACAACCUCAAGCAGAGGCCCAAGACCAGGUGCCAUCCCAGGACAAAGACAAAGAGGCUGAGUAUUGGGAGCGCGACUUGGACAUCGGAGUGGUGUUUCGAUACCUCCGCAGCCGUUUCACAUCACGUCCGCCAUCGCCCUCUCUUGCCGAAUCACAAUCCAUACCACAACCGUCGUCACAGAGCAUUCUGCCAGCAGACUGGGCGUCUUCCAGCAACGCUGCCGCCACAGCUUCUGCUCUAGGCACUUCUCCAGAGUCACGUCGUCGAGCUGACCUUAUCAGACGACAUCAUCCGCUAGUGUCUCAUGCAGCCUCGGUGUCGGCACAACGUAGACGAGAGAGUGUGCUGUUGCACACACUGAUGCAUCGACGUGCGCAGAGCAGCAGCUGUGCAAGCCAGAGUACCAAGCGUACUCGCUCUGGAGGCUCUCGCCGCUAUUGGGACUUCCCGAGCAGCACUGGCAGUGUGGUCAGCGUUGGAAGCACUGGCGAGGGUGUCUUGGGUGGUUGGGGUGAGGUUUGA